AUGGCUAGCCACGUUAUUGGGAACAGAAACAGUACACCAGAAGCAUCAAAAUCUUCACUUCGACCCCCAUCUUCCCGCGCCCUUGGUGGUGGCUCUCAUCAGCUGCGUGCGUCCGCCGACAUGUCUUCCUUUGCCUCUCCUCUUUCUACUCGAAGCAUUCGGCCCUCCUCCGAAGUCUUUUAUAACCAACAAUCGCAACCUCAGAAUACUGAUGACAUCGACAAGGCUGCUCAGCAGUGGAUUGCAGAUAUUGAUCAGUAUGAGACAACUCUGGAGGAGAUGGCAGCUGCCACCUUGGACCAAGAUUUCAAAGAUGAGCUAAGUGCUAUUGAGCAGUGGUUUCGAGUUCUUAGUGAGGCUGAGAGAACCGCUGCUCUUUAUGCUCUUCUUCAACAAACGACUCAAGUACAGAUCCGCUUUUUUAUCCAGGUUCUUCAGCAAAUGUCAAAGAGCCAUCCAAUGUCUAGUGUUCUCUCUCCCGCCAAUUUCGGCGAAAAAGAUCCCAUGAACAGCCGUCUCACUGAUGCAAUGUCCAAAUUGAACGUUGAAGGUUCUCGCAAUUCUUUUGGUCGCCCGCCUCUUUCUCCUGGGAACAAACGUAACUCAGGGCUAGAUUCAUCCACAAUCAACGCCAUGUUCCCAGAUGCUGCUGCAGCUAUUGCGAAACAGAGGGCUGAGUUUACCCAACAGACUGGUGCUGCUCCUACUGCAACUCGAAAUAGUGCUGCGUUCGGGGAACGCUCUUCCUUGAUUGCACCAACAAUCUCUGCUCCAGAUAGCGGUAAAGAUAAUUUAUCCCAACCACCAUCAUCUCCUUGGGUCCAGCGUACCCCUGAGCCUCAGCCACCUAUCGCGCGGCCUAAAUCAUCAUCUGGACAACAGCAGCCACCAAUGGGUCAAUUCGUUCAGCCACCUCAAUCAGCAGGACUUCGAUCUCCGCGACCUCUGCCUCAAGGAUCAUCUAACAUCCAGAACACCAUCGUGACGGCGCCAGAUCUCUCAACAGAACCGCCAUUAUUUUCUCCUUAUAAUGUUGGCAACGCUAGCUGGGCAUCAAUGGCAAACACCCCAAGCGUGGCAACCUUUAGUCAACAACAGAAUGCCCCAUCGCAAGCAGAUAUGGUUGCCAAUGCGACAGCUAUGAAGCUGGCUGCCUUGUCCACCGUAAAUAACCGGAUUGCAUUGGACGAUGCACGGAAGUAUCGCCGUGCUCGGUCUAAUGAUGGACAGGGAAAAAACUUGAACAUUAACCAACAACCGCUCUCCCCUGGAAUCCCUAAAAACAACCUUCCGGCAACGAAUUUGAUCAUGGUUAAUGAUGUCGGCCAAAUAUUGAAUGCCCAGCAAAUUGCUGCUUUGCAAGCCCAGCAACAGGCUGCCAUGAGUGGUCGCCGAUCCCGCCCCAAUUCCCCAGGAAUUGCGAUGCAGGGAGGCGGCAUGGGGCACAUGAAUUUCGCCUCCCCCCAGAACAACGGAUUUCUGGCUGCGUACGAUACGAAUGCGUUGUUAAAUAAUGGGUUUGGUGGGCUCAAUGUGGCCCAAUUUAGUGGUAAUCACGAGGGUUAUCUCUCUGACCAUUCCGAGAUUGCACGCGGCCGGUCUCCACGUGGAAGACGAGGCAGCUCAAAGCCGCCAGAGGAUCCAACUGAUCCUCAUCUCCUUCAGGAUAUUCCCAGCUGGCUCAGGUCCCUUCGACUUCACAAGUAUACAGAAAACCUCAAAGAUCUCAAGUGGACCGAGUUGAUCGAAUUAAAUGAUAAAGGACUAGAGGAACGUGGAGUUAAUGCUCUUGGAGCGAGAAACAAAAUGCUUAAGGUAUUCGAACAAGUCAAAGAAGCAAGGGCAGAGGGCAAACUCAAUGCUGCUCUUUGAUUUUCAUGUCCUUGUCAUCAUUUCCCAUGCGGACUGGUGAAUCCAGAAUCGAGGGCACGGAAACGUAUCCCAAAAUAUAUUUAUUUUUGAACUGCGAUUCUUAAUGCACGAGACGGCUUUUUUUUCUUUGACAUGAGGUAAAAGAAGGCUAUUUUAUGUUACCACAGAGCAGUCAUACUGCUAGGAUAGUUUGAUCUCAUUUCAGUUUCACACCC